AUGUCGCUUCGGUUCACGGUCUACCCAGAUUCUUCUCAGAACUCGACCGGAAACUACAACCUGCUCGGCGAGGCGCUGCUGGUGGACGCGGCGGGCGGUCCGCCCGACUCGCUGGCGAUCGUGAAGGGCGCCGUAUGCGACUCCGCCGCGACGAACGUGCUCGCGCUGUCGCUCGCCGCGACGGACUGGCAGCAGCGCGCGGGGUGGUGGCUGCUGCAUGCGGAGGCGCGCCUCGACGCGUUCCUCGAGAACGCGGACGCCGCCACCCUCGACGCGCUGCUCGCCGUGCUCCCCACCUCCUCGCCUCCGCCCACCAGCAGCGGCGGCGGGCGCAACGGCGGAGGCAGCGCGGGGGAUGCGCGGAACGGGCAGGGCGGGAGGCGCAUGGGGCGGGAGCUGCUGAUGCGCGCAUUCGGGCGCGCUGCCAGGCAGGGGGGACAGAAGCAGGGGGGGCAGCAGCAGCAGGGGGGGCAGCAGCAGCAGGGGGGAGCGCAGCAGCCGCCUGCGGUAAGCGGGUAUGCUGUGCUAGCGGGCAGCAGCGCAGCAGGUGUGACGUGGGGCGGGCAGCUCAUGGGCGCCAAGAUGCCCGCCGCUGCUGUUUAG